AUGGCUCUGCCGAGGGAGUCGACGUUCCUGCCGACCAUCAAAUGUUCGAUAUGCGGCCACCAAGUCGAGAUUUCGAGGAUGGGAGACCACCUCUGCGGAAUGCCGACGGACGAGACAUCGUCUCCGUCGGACGCCUACGCCAAGUUUGACAUCCAAUUCAGCGAAGCACCAAACGAUCGAUACCAUCGCACGUCGCCUCUGGUAGGCACCGAUGCCGCCUCGGACCGAACCUUUCUCCACGGCGGCCCGCCGACGGCACGGAAGCCAUCGCUCGCCUCUCGCCCCGUAUCGCCGAUAUCUGCCGACGGGAGCUACAGUCCGAUCGCGCGGGACGACGAUUACUUUGCUCCCUCGCCCAUCCACUCGCCCAACCUCGGAGGCUACGGCGGCUUCGGGACCCAAUUUCGGAAAGCGAGCGGCAGCCAGGGCGGCCAGGCUGCCGGUGGAUACGUGAACCGCACAAAUGCCACCACGUCCGACUUUGUCGACGGCAGCUACCGGCCGGAACCCGCACGAAAUGCCUUCCCCGCACGCAAGGACUCGCUGGCGGCCCACGAUGGGCCCUCCGGAUGGGGCCAUGCUCGAACCAAGUCCCGACCGGAGGCGAGCCCCUCCCGUCGCGCCGAGGCGACGCCGCCGCAGCCGCCGAGGAAGGAUGGUUACGGAGGCUUCGGCCGACCGUCAAACGCGUCCGAUCGGUACGAGCACAAGACGGCGGCCUCCCUCGGCACCUCGCCGCCCGGCUCGUCCCACGGGCCCGCGGCGCGCAACGACAGGUCGAGAAGCCCUGGGAGGAGACUCCUCCCCGACACGUCGAGGAGGCCUCCGCCCCCGACGAGCCUGCUGGCCAAGCACGUGCCCAAGAACUCGGGCACCGUCGAUUUGGCGGCCGAGUUUGGCGUCGGAAACCCCUACCACACGCCUUCCAACUCGACAUCGUCCGGGUACUCGGCCUCGAGCCAGCCGAGCCAGCCGAGCUCGCGGACGAGCCCGGCGCUGUCGGCGCAGUCGUACCGAACCAACGGCGGACGCGACGGCGACGAGCGAUGGGCCGAGGUCUCGCGGCCGAACGUGCACCGGUCGGCCGAGGCGGCGCACGCACCCCGGCACGCGCCGCUGCCCUUUGCCGACGCGCGCGUCGACCCGGCCAUCCAGCCCGGGCUGGACCAGAAGCUGCUGCCGUUGACGCCGAACAGCGCCUCGGCUCAGCGCGAGCACGAGUACACGCUGCCGCGGACGCGGUACGGCACCUCGCCGAACCGAGAGGCCGACUACAUGCUCUCGAGGCGGCGGGACGAAUCGGCCUCGCCGGCUCGGCACCAGAACCGCUCCCGGGACCAGACGAGAGCGCCGUCGAGGGGAGACUGCAAGGGCUGCGGGCAAGCCAUUUACGGCAAGAGCGUCUCGUCUGCCGACGGCAGGCUGACGGGCAAGUACCACAAGGCUUGCUUCGUCUGCACCAGCUGCUCGGAGCCCUUUGCGUCGGCCGAGUUUUACGUCCUCGACGACCGCCCCUACUGCGAGCUGCACUACCACCGGAUCAACGGCAGCCUGUGCGGAGGCUGCGGGCGGGGCAUCGAGGGACAGUACCUCGAGGACGAGGAGAGGAUCAAGUAUCACGUCGGAUGCUUCCAAUGCCUCGACUGCGGCCGGUCCCUGUCCGACGGCUACUACGACGUCGACGGCAGGUCCUACUGCGAGCGAGACGCCAACCGCAGGGCGGCGCAGGCGUCGUCGGAUGGCCGGUCGCCGAGCCCGCCGCGAGCCGACGACGGUUCGGCCCGGGCCAAGGGCGGCCAGCAUCGGGGCAUUCCCCCGCUGCCGUACGGCGGUCUUGCCGGUCCGGGCGGAUCCGAAACGAGCAAGAAGCCGGCACUGAGCAAGCGCAUGACGCGCUUCGGAAAGAUGUGA